AUGAUCCUGUGAAUCCUUGAAAGUUGAGAUUUCUGGUAUUUAUUAGCCCUCUCUUCCUCGAUCUUCUUCUUAAUCUGAUAUUUUCUUCUCUCUUUUUGAGGUUUAUCUCUUGGAGGCUUUUGAGUUGACUCGAGAUUGAAGGAUCAAGCUUUUUCUAGUUCUUUUUGAAGUAUUCUCUUUUCAAUAAUCUCUAGGUUUCCUGGUGCCCCUUUUAGAAGAUCAAAUUGAGACUUCUUCCUUCUGCUGUCUGUCUUUUCUGGAGCCUUAUGCAUCUGUAGAUUGAGCGGAUGAAUAGAUGGAAUAGGAAACAAUGGAGGAGGCAUUUUAUUCACUAUUCUUCGAGGAUUUGUUCUGUUGAUAUCUGGAACGGGGUCAGAUUUUUUCAUUGGAAUUAUAUUUUCAUUCAAUUUCAAAUUGCUCAUUCUCUUUGAAUCUUGCUGUUCACCCAAAGGAUUGUCAGUUCGAUCUCUUCUAUUUAUCAGUCCGAGGUUUUGAGGAGAAGUCAUUUUUCUUGAUAUGUUUUGUCAGCCAUCAACUCCAUCUCUUUCUUUCUGAGAAGUUUCUCUUUGAGGUUGAGGAGUUUUCUGAUCCUGGCAAUUUGCAUUUCUCUUUGUUGCGAUAUCUACAAAAAUAUUUCUUUUAUCCUGAGGGGAUCUAUUCCAAAUUUUGAAUGCAAUAAAUACUCCUUCAAUAGGGUUUCAAAUUUUUCCUUUAAUGAACUCUUUAUGGAAGCAAUAG